GUUAGCACCUGAUUCCCUUGAAUAGUGGCGAUCUGAUCAUGGAAGAUGAGACUGGUGGCGGCCGAGGGAACCCUGGUCCGGCCCUCACUCCGCCGGGCGAGACCAGAACCAUGUUUGCCUCACGCCCAAACGCAUCGUCAUCCUCUGCAUCGCAAGGCCCCAUCAGCCAUCCAUGGCCGCCGCAGUUUGAAGCUGCAGUAUCGUCGAGAAUGACGGGAGCGGCCAUGACGGAAUAUGUCAGUGUGGCUCACAAGGACGACCAUGGUGGCACUGCCGGCGACUUGUACCGCAUAAACCUCGCGGACGAGAAUGGUUGUGCGCACGCCGUGAACUUGCAGCCCCCACGCGUCAUGUCAGGAGGAGCAGUCCGGGAGGAUACGACCACAGCCAUGAGAGGAGAAGGAGGUCAGCAGGACGACGGGGUCGCUGGUGUAGAGCAACAUAUGCAGGCGAUUGAUAAAGUUGGAGAAACGUUGAUUGUUCCAGAAGUUGGAUUGGCUUUCGAUUCAGAGGACAGCGCUUAUGAUAUGUACAACGCAUAUGCCGCCAAGGUUGGGUUCAGUGUCAGAAAAAGUCACACAAAGUGACGAGGUGAUAAAAGUAUAUCCC